AUAUAAACAGAUGCAAGCUUGAAAUUGUAGCUCUAAAGUUUCAGUUCAAUGGCGAAAUUGCUUGUUCUUUUCUCCCUCCUCUUCGGCCUGCUGCUCUUGGCAACCGAUGCAUCUCGCAACACUCAGCCGGUUGACAAGGAGGGCACCAGUGAGAAUUACAAUGUCAUUGUCGAGGGACCUCGUGAAGGCAGCGAGGCUGGCCCUGGUCUCAACAACUUUGUCACCCAGCAGCUCCCUGGGAAGCACGGCCUCCAAGAUACAUACUGUUGCCGGAAGGAUGCUUUCGGAUCAUGUCUUCAGGAGUGCGACUCGGGCGUCAAUUACUACUGCUGCCUCAAGAAUGGAUUGGGCGGCUGUUUGCAGCUGUGCGACUCGUCCAAGAAACACUACUGCUGCAAGAAGAACCCUUUUGGUACCUGCCUUGGAAUGUGCCCCAAAACGUUGAAUCUGAUGGAUUUUGCUUGAUGAACAUGUGUGACUGCAUUCUGGAAUUAUCAAAAGAAUAAAUUGCUUCUGUGACAACCUUUCACUUUAACAAAACACCAUUUGCCA